AAGUACUCGUUCCUUCGUUUUGCUGCAUCUGUGAUGAACCAGGAAGGGAUGUAGAAACCGGGCGAUAACGGUCCCUUUCAAGCUGUUUUUGUACCCGCAAACCGAUUUUAAUGAGUAAAUAAAGAGCCGGCGAUAUGAUUGUAGCUGCAUAUUUAACGUUUUUCUCCGUAAUGUCGUCGGUCGGAGCAGCGAAGACCGGAGGGGACGACGACUGGGUCUAUCUUCCCAACAAAUGCGAAGUCUGUAAGUUCGUCAGCAUCGAGAUGAAGUCGGCGUUCGAUGAGACGGGGAAGACCAAAGAGGUCAUCGGCCGGAACUACCGCUUCAUGGACAGCAAGGGGGCGCCGCCCAUCAAAUACGUCAAGUCAGACCUCAGAUUCAUCGAGGUUGUAGAAAAUGUGUGUCAGAGGCUGUUGACGUACAAUCUGCACAAAGAGAGAAGUGGAAGUAACCGCUUUGCCAAGGGCAUGUCGGAGACCUUCUCCACGCUCCACGGUUUGGUGAACAAAGGCGUCAACGUGGUGAUGGACAUUCCCUUCGAGCUGUGGAACGAGACCUCGGCAGAGGUGGCCGACCUUAAAAAACAGUGUGAUGUGCUGAUAGAGAAGUACGAGGACGUGAUUGAGGAUUGGUACAAAGGAAGCCAGGAGGAAGACCUGACCUCCUUCCUGUGUGAGAAGCAUGUUCUCAAAGGACAAGACAAAGCGUGCCUGGACGAGGAGUGGUCACCGACGAGGAAGAAGGGCGACCAGGCGGCCAUCGCGGAGGACAAGAAGAAGAAGAAGAAGAAGAAGAAAGGGGGUAAGAAGGGAGAGGACGGCGGCGGCUCGGAGGGGGAGAAGGCGACCAAGAAGAAGAAGAAGAGCGAGAAGAAGAACGAGAAGAAGGCCAAGAAGAAGAAAAAGAGCAAGGCGCCCGUGGAGAGAGCCGACGGAGGGGGGGCGUCAUCGGGCGAGGACAUCCAGCCUCGGGUGCCUCUCUCUGGGCACAAGACGGAGCUGUGAGCCCUGGUUCCCCCCCCGUCCGGAUCUGGAUCAGCUGUUUCAUUCAAAACUUAGUAAAAUAAUAAAUAAUAAAUAAAUAAAAAGCAGCCAGAAAGCUGCGGUUCAAGUCGCUGAGAUCUUGUUCUGCUACA